AUGCACGUCUACUCGAUCCAGCAGAUCCUCGAGGCCCAGUCGCUGUACCGGGACGCGCCGUACCCCGGCUUCUCGCUGGAGGAGGCGUGUCGGCGAAAGAAGAUGACGCAGACGAAGCUGGUGCGGGGGGUCAACGCGUGGGUGGCCCGGGGCUCGGCGAAGACGACGGAGGAGUGGGUGGAGCGGCUGGUGCAGGGCUCCCUCAACAAACUCAGCACGGCGAACUUUGACGCCAUGGUGGCAAAGCUGCAGACCGACGUCAUCUUCUCCACGAAGGAGACGCUGAGGAUAGCGGUGCGGAUCAUCUUCAGCAAGGCCCUGGAUGAGCCGGAGUGCAGUAAGCUGUACGGCGGGGUCUGUUACAAGCUUGCGGAGUUUGAGGUGGGGCUCACCGCGGCGCAGCAGCCGACAGACGGCAAGAAGCACUCCAAACUGCGCAACGCCGUGGUCAGCAUCGCGCAGGAGGAGUUUCUGAGCCGGCGGAAGAUGCCGUCGAUGGAGGGACUCACGGAGGAGGAGAUGGAGCUGCGGCGCACCACCUUCAUGCGGCGCAAGCGCGCGAACAUGAAGUUCAUCGGGGAGCUCUUCAUGCACAAGGUCCUCUCCCAAAACACCAUGAUGAACAUCAUUCAAACCAUUAUGCAGGAGGCGGAGAAGGGCGGCCACCCCACAAGCGAGGAUAUUGAGUUUCUCACCGAGCUCUUUUUGACCAUCGGGGAAAGCCUGGACGCCGUACCAGAGCUACGACUGCGGGUGAACAGGUACUUCGAGCUGCUGGAGGCCCUGAAGGAGCUGAAGGACGUGUACCCGCCGCGCAUCCGCUUCAAGAUGCUCGACCUCAUUGAGCUGCGCAGUAAAUUUGCCUGGGAGCGGCGCACCACCACGGCGCCCAAGACGUCUCCCCCGAUGCAACGGGAGACGCUACGCGUGACAGACAAAACUGUCGCCCGAGCCUCGACGAAUGCCUCGUCAAGUGGGGUCAAGAAGGGACGGCAAGGCGGCGUUUCCGAGGCGGCCUCGCCGCAAGCGGCAAAUGGAGCAGCAGCAGCAGCAGCAGCUCCCGCACCUGCGAAGGCGGCGGCUGCGGAGACGGGUGGUCGCAGCUGGAGCAACAUUGUGAAGCCUGCACCGGUGCCGGGCGAGGCCGCCGUGGCUCGGGUCGUUGAGCCGGUGAACUUUGAGGCGCGUGUGAGCUCCCUCUUCCAGGAGUGGGUGGCGGAGUGCUCAAACGACUUCAUUCCAGAGUGGAUGAACGAGUUCCGUCACUGCCAGCGGCAGUUUGACUCGGAGGACGCCCUCUGCAAGGCGGCGGCGGAGGUGGUGGUGCGGGAGGCGUGCAUGACCACGAAGAGGGAGGCGCAACGGGAGGCAAGCAGUUUUCUUAUCGUAGGCCUCUUCCUGGCGGAUGACGAAGUCCUGGACGGCUUUGCCAUGGCGCUGGUCUCCGCCAUCGAGCAGGGGAUCCUGGAGGACGUGCCGAAGUUUAGCGAGCGCUUCAUCAACAUGCUUCGCAUCACCUCCGGCGAGAACACCGUCGCAGACGUCUACUACGACACGGCCCGCGUGCUGUGCACGGCGUACGCUCUGAUGCGGGAGCCCGACGAGGCGGUGCUCGACACCAUGAUGGAGUUCUGGGGGAAAAUCCCCCGCCCCGCCACCGACGAGAGCGCCCUCCUGCCGCUUGAAGUGGUGCAGUCGCUGACGGAAAUGUCCACGCGCGGGCAGGCCCCACUCACCGGCCGCAUCAUCGCCUCGCUGCACUCCAUUGGCCUCGUGCAUGAGGCGACGGUGAAGGAGUGGCUUGCGGCCCCGCACGACUGCGUCGGUGCCGAGGUGGUCGAGGCGUUUAAGCAGGCAACGAACUGA